AUGGAGCAAGAGAAGCAAGAGAAGCAAGAGGAGCAAGAGGAGCAAGAGAAGCAAGAGAAGCAAGAGGAGCAAGAGGAGCAAGAGAAGCAAGAGAAGCAAGAGGAGCAAGAGAAGCAAGAGGAGCAACAGGAGCAAGAGGACCAACAAGAGCAACAGGAGCAAGAGAAGCAAGAGAAGCAAGAGAAGCAAGAGGAGCAAGAGGAGCAAGAGAAGCAAGAGAAGCAAGAGAAGCAAGAGGAGACUCCUCGUCCAUGGAAACGCAUAUUAAGUGCCAUCACUGUCCUUAUUAUUGUAACCAUUGGUGGGGUGUUGGGACCAAUUCUACAAACAAACGAAAGUGACCCUAAAUCUACAUUUUUGUCUAGGUGUAAGAAGUUCAAUCAAUAUGACUGUCAAAAGCUAUGGGAUGCCUUUCAGCAGGCCUAUGUGAACAAGGAUCCAUGUAAAGUUCCAGUGGAAGCUUAUGAUCCCCUGAUUGCUGCAGCCCCCUUCAAACCUCAGUGCAACAAAAUGAUGUUCUGGAGCAAAACCAAGGUUGUGGUCCAUGGUUUCACUGCAAAGAGAAAGGAUUGUUUUGUCACUUUGGAGGACACUCUGUUGGGAUAUUCCCUGAAUGGUCUGACCUGGUGUGGAAAAAAAGGCAGCAACGAUACCUUCACUACUGGGUGCCCAAGAACGUGUGAAAACAACCCUGUUGACUCAUUUUGGAUUCGUGCCUCUGCUGCUUAUGCAGAUGUUGCCUGUGGUGAUGUCACGGCAAUGCUAAGCGGGUCCACCACCACACCAUUCGAUCCUACAAGUACUUUUGCAAAAGUUGAGGUGACGAGGUUUAAAGCCCCUAAGGUCAGGAGCCUGAAUGUUGUUAUGGUCAUACAGAAGAAUGCCAAAUCAAACUGCAAAAACGCAUCCCUACAGAAAUUAAAGAACGCGCUACAUAAAGGGAUAACAUACAGCUGCAAAGACGUGCCUGAAUCUCGGAUUCAGGAAUGCGGCUCCAAACCACAGAUAGCAUGUAGAACCUGCUGGUGAACAAGUCUGACUGUAUCAGACACAACAUAAUAGCAUUCAGCCACAGAAACCUUUCUCUUGUUUCCUUUUCAAUUUUUAAAUAAACUCUGAGUAUUUUUUUUUCACAUACAUGUGAAAUAUGUUUUUCAAAUGAACAUCUGCAAUACAUCACAUUAUGAAAAUAUUGUUUUUCAUUUUGCGGGAUCUGACGUGAAACUUUUGUUUUGUUUUGUUUGUUUGUUUUAAUUAAACACACUGAGUAUGAAGGCUGCUAUCUCCUGGUCACAAAAUAUGCAUUAUUUUCAAAAUAAAAUAUUAAGACACAAGGUUGUAAACUUUAUUUGUAUUUCAGUGUAAUAAUGAUUGUUAUGUAAUCACAUUUGAAUCCAGUAAAGUGCAAACACAUCAUGUCUUUGUUGUUUAAAGUCUGGACUGAAAAUCUGUUGCAACAGUUCUUAUGGGGUGACGAAUGCAAAUUUGAAGUUUUUUCUUCACAUUGUCGGCAUGUGUCGAGGAUGUACAACAGUGAGUGUCUAAAGCCAUCUAUAAAACACCAUGGCGUCUGUGUCAUGGUUUGGGGCUUCAUUUCAACAAGUAUGGAUUGGUCUCCCCAGAGCCCGAAUCUCAACAAUAUUAAAGCAGAGUGGAAUCAUCUCGACAGAACCGAAGGCAGCCAACAUCCAAAGAAAAGCUUUAAAAUCCUCCAAGAAGCCUAGAGAACUAUUCCUGAAGACUACUUAAAGGAAUGACAAGAAAAUCUAGACUUUCAUGGUCAUUAGAAUUGUACAAACUCUUGCCUUAUACACUCUAUUUUCAUGCAUGUUUGCACAUAUUUUA